AUGGAAAACCUACAUGUGUUAAUGCAAGGUUUGCCACCAGUAUCGCGGUACUGGGCAGGCGGACUCAUGUUGGCACACGCAAUGGUACAGUUCAAGUUGGUCCCUGGUGCCCGGUUGGAAUUCCUGGUCAGCCGAGCGUUUUCCACUCAACCUUGGCGGGUGAUCACCUCAUUCUUCUAUUAUGGUCCUCUUCUGAUGAACACUCUCUUCAGCAUUUACAAUACAGUACAGUGGCUGAAACUACUAGAGGAGAGUUUUUCUCUCAGCCGGGCCACUUUUCCAGACUCAAUUGCGGUAUUUGAUGAAGAGCAGCAACAGGUGCUUAUGAGGGCCACUCGCAGACUCGAACCUUUGGAUUACUUCCACUAUUUGGUGCUAAUGGCGGUGGCUGUCAUUGGAUUAUCUACAUAUGGCCUGUAUGUUUUGGGGUAUCCGACUCCUAUGAUGGGAGGCAUGUUGUAUGAAAUACUCACGUACAUUCUAUGUCGUCGAAACCCGCAACUCCAGGUUGGGAUCUUUGGCAUCAUCGUCAUCAGGGGCAUUUAUAUUCCGUUGAUGAGCAUGGUCUUCGCUUUGGUGCUGCUGGAGGAAUUCAGUAUACUUCUUCAGCAGUUGUCUGCUGAGUCAUUUACGAUGGGAAGUUUGUGGAACGUGUUAACUACCUUUGCCAUAUGGAGAGGAUUGGUGUGUAUUUCGAUCGGACAUUUCUUGUGGUUUGUCCAUUCGGUGUUGUUUGAUACCAUCUAUGAUGACAGGAAUAAUAAACGGUAUAGCUUACGGCAUGGUACAGUGAAACGAGUGCAACAGGCACAGCAGAUAAACUAUAUAGACAUGACCAAAACCGUUAUGCGUUGGAUCAUGUUGCCUCCUUGGUACUGGGUGAUGAUUCACAACAUCAAAAGAAGAAGGUACUGA